AUGAAGGUUAUUGAGAAUGAUGAGCUUAAGUUAUGGAAGGAUGAACAUUACUUGAUUUCAAAUUCAAGAGGAGAGUUUAAGGAUACUCUUUACAACAUAACAAAAAAACUAUUUAGUAACAAAUCUGUAACUACAGUGAAUUCAGACCUUGUGUUUACAAAUGAUGGGCUUGUGGAUGACGGAAAAACACAAAUAUUUACAGCAAAAGACUUCUUUAUAAAACCUGAGGAUUCAAACUCUUUUGUAUUUGCUGAGGAUGAAGUAGAGUUAAAGGAGGACGAAAGAAUGCUACAGGAGCCGGAUGAAAACACAAUAGAUUUGAUUUCUGAUGCAGAAUACUUGGACAGAGCUGUGUCAGACUUAAAGUUAGAUCAACAUACGGAAAUACUUAAGAAUCUUGUAAAGAACUAUAAGAAUUCUUCAGAAACUACAGAAGUAGGAACUGUGGUUUCAAAUUUAGAUGGAAUCUUGAACAUCACAGGUCUUAGAAAUGCACAAUUAAAUGAGGUUCUAAUCAUUAACGAUAAAUUUCAUGCAAUUGUUCUUUCUUUAAAUUCCGAUUUGGUUGGGGGAGUUAUGCUGAGUGAGUAUGACUCAAUUCAAGAAGGAGAUGUGGUAAAGAGAACAGGAAAAACAUUCUCUGCUCCUGUGGGGGAUGGGGUUAUGGGUAGAGUUAUUAAUGUUCUUGGAGCCGCUAUGGAUGGGGAUUUUGACUUUGAAUGCACAGAAUGAGAACAAGUGGAACGAAUUGCUCCAGGGGUUAUGGAAAGAAAAUCUGUUUCAGAACCCCUUUACACAGGAAUUCUUUCUAUUGAUUCACUUAUUCCUAUAGGAAAAGGACAAAGGGAGUUGAUUAUUGGGGAUAGACAAACAGGAAAGACUUCUAUAGCUUUGGAUGCAAUCAUUAACCAAAAAGGCAAAGAUUGUUAUUGUGUUUAUGUUUCUAUCGGUCAGAAAAAUUCCACUCUUUUCCAGAUAGUUCAAAAAUUAAAAGAAGCGGGAGCUAUGGAUUACACCACUGUGGUUAGUUCCUCAGCUUCAGAUUUACCUGCUCUUAAAUUCUUGGCUCCUUUUGUGGGAAUCACAAUUGCAGAACAAUGGGCUAAAAAGGGUAGAGAUGUUCUUAUUGUGUAUGAUGAUUUAACACAACACGCCAUUUCAUACAGAACAUUAUCUCUACUUCUUAACUUUCCUCCGGGUCGUGAGGCUUUCCCUGGUGAUAUUUUCUAUCUUCAUUCUAGAUUGCUUGAAAGAGCAGGAAGAUUUAUUGAAUCCUGUGGAGGAGGUUCCAUAACAGCUUUACCAGUAAUCCAAACACAAGCGGAUGACAUUUCUGCAUAUAUUCCUACAAAUGUUAUUUCCAUUACAGACGGUCAAAUAUUCUUAAAAACAUUGCUGUUUAAUCAGGGACAAAGACCAGCUAUAGAUGUAACUCUUUCUGUUUCUAGGGUUGGUGGUUCUGCUCAGAAAAAAGCAAUAAAAGUUAUGAGCAGUAGUCUUAAAUUGGAACUUGCUCAAUAUUUUGAAUUGCUUGAAUUCUCUAGAUUUGGAUCUGAUUUAAAUGAUCAAACUAAGUACACACUUGAAUUGGGAGCGAGAAUUCAAAAAUGUUUAAUUCAAAAACAAUUAGCUCCUAGAAGUCCAGUAGAAGAAUUGUUUAUUCUUUUCCUAAUCAAAGAAAGAUAUAUCAUGAAACUAUUCUCUGCGAGCGAUAUAGACACAUUUAUUCCUUUUGUGCUAAAUAAAUUGAAUGAAAGUAAAUUGGUUGAUGAGAUUGAUUUUGAUGAGAAAGUGACUAUAGAAAUGGAGGAUAAAUUCAAAGCAUUGUUUGAUUCUGCCUUCCAGGAAUUUGAAAUCGGAAGAAAUUCUGUUUCUGAAGAAGAUAAAUCAUAG